ACAUGCUUUCGCUUUGUUUUUAAAUUUUGUUUGUUGGUUCGCAAAUUAGUUUACGAUACAUUCCUCGUUGUGGAUUAAUAACGAAUUUUUCGUAUGAAAAGCUUAUUGAUACGAGUCUCUUUAUUCUAGAUGACAAAGUGAAAGUACAAUAUGUGCACAAAAUAAUAUCGAGUUCAAAUCGACACAAAACAGCUUCCCAGAUUGAUGGCGUGCUGUAUCUUCAAAAACUGCUUCAACCGCCCGACGCCGUUCUCGAAGGUAACGUUCUUCAACGUCCCGAAGGACAGCAGACGGCAACUGUGGCUGGAACGCUCCGGCAACGAGCUGGUGCAAAAUUUACCCCUGACCGCACGGAGACUCGUUUGUGAGGCCCAUUUUCAGGAGUGCCAUCUCCGGAGACAGUUUCAUCGGACGACUUUGAGUCGAGAUGCGAUUCCGGUAGGGUACGAAAAAGUAUUCAAAUAUGUGAGGGAGGACUCGACGAAUGGACAGGAACGAGUUACUGAAGAAGGUAACGGAGAGUCGUACAUUGAGAGCUCGGGAAUCGAUGUCCAGGAAGUGCCCACUGGAAGCACUGCUGAAUUGGAACUAGUGGAAGAAUACCUAAGCGACAAUGAAAUAGAUGUUUACCAACUCGAAUACAUACAUACAAUAGAGGAGCCACAGCAAGGUUUACAGAAUGAAAAUAACCAGGCUACGAAAGUAGUCUUCGAAACAGUCGCAACACAAACAGAAAAUCACGAAACGUUACCUCAAGCCAAGCCACCUUGUAAAAAACGUAAACUUAGUGAAACAGUUAAAACUACCACAGAUCAAGCGACCAACACAGAACCCUUGGAAAUCAAAACAGAAACACCUCCAGUUGCGAAAGUUGUCAGCACCGCCGAUCAGGAGAUUCAGACAGAAGGCACUCCCCAAGAACCAGUCAAACCACCGAGUCAAAAAACAGAAGAGGAAUAUUUCCUGCUAUCGUUGGCUGAACCGCUCCAGCGGUUACCACCGGAGAAAAGAGCCUUGGCUAAGGUGAAAAUGUUGACCUAUCUGGUACAGCUUGGCUGCGGAAUGGACAAUGCGCAGCUGUGAGCAGGUACGUGGACAAUUUGAUAGAUUUAAUAAAGCCGAUUUUAUACUAUGGA